UCUGCUCGCGCGCAGUAUGGUUUCGUCAACUGCGCUUUGGAAAGCCUUGUGGUGCGAAAUUUUGGCGAGGGAGAGUGGAUGGAAAUAAAAAGAGCUGCGAAGGUAGAAAUGGAUGGCCAUUUUCUCUACAGUGUGGUCUACAAAGAUGAAGUUACGUUCAAUCUUGUUGGUGCUGCGGUGAACAUUUUAGGAAUAGAAGCCAACAAAAUUCUUGAAUUGUUUGGUGAAUGGUUUCUCGAUUUUUGCCAAGAGCGCGGUUAUGAUAGAAUUCUGCAAGUGCUCGGAGGAACUCUGCGAGAUUUCAUGUCUAAUCUAGACGCGUUACACGACCAUCUAAGUGUUGUGUACCCAGGCAUGAAAGCACCAUCUUUCAGAGUGUCUGACCGCGAAGAAGACGGCGCAUUGAUUCUUCACUAUCAUUCCUCGAGGGAAGGUUUGGAGUAUAUAGUCAUUGGAUUGGUCAGAGCGAUAGCAAGAAAACUCUUGCAUACAGAAAUAAACGUGGAGAUUAUAAAACAGAAAGAACACCCAGGGGACGAUGUCCAGUUUGCAAUCAAGGAGAUUCACAGCCCGGAGAUUUCUCCCCAUUGUAUAAAGCAAACGGCCUGCGCGCGCCCUAGUAAAGAACUCGUUUUGUUGUCGUCGGAACCAAAGAUUUCUCCUGCAACGUUCUGUAACAUAUUUCCAUUUCAUUUAAUGUUUGGCAGAGACAUGGAAAUCCUACAAAAUGGAGAUUCGCUGAGUCGAGUUAUCAAAGGUUUAAACGGCCGAGCGCAUUUGAGAAUGCCUGACAUUUUUGAACUUGUUCGUCCCAAAAUAGAAUUCAACUCUAACGCUUUGCUCGCUCACAUCAACACAGUCUUUGUGCUCAGGACUCGGCCAGGGUGUUUACAAGUUCCAAAUUCAAUAGAUGUUAACGCGGACUUCGAUUCAAAAUCAUUAAGGCUCAAGGGACAGAUUCUUUAUCUAGAAGAGUUUGACAACACGCUUUUUCUCUGUUCGCCAAGUGUCAGUAACUUGGACGAUUUGAGAGAAAAUAAUUUGUACCUCAGCGACAUUCCUGUUCACGACGUGACAAGAAAUCUAAUCCUGCUUUCCGAACAAUUCCAAGAAGAUCGCAUUCUGACCAAAGAGCCAGAGAUUCUAACGGAUAAACUGCAACAGACCCACAGAGAUCUUGCGGAAGAGAAGAAGUUGACAGAUCAGCUGCUUUACUCCAUUUUGCCUCCUUCAGUAGCGCAAGAGUUGAGACACAAGCGGCCGGCUCAGGCGGAAAAGUUUGAAAUGGUCACAAUCUUAUUCAGUGGGAUUGUCGAUUUUGAGAACAUUUGUCAGAAUUCUGAGCCAGUAGAGAUAGUUCAGCUGCUCAAUAACAUUUAUACAGACUUCGACAUCCUCACGGAUCAAAUCAACGAUGUAUACAAGGUAAGAGAGAAAAAAAAUUCUCUGCGAAUAAAUUUUCAUUAUGUGCGACAGGGCAGACAAAACCUGAAAAACAGUAAUGCUUCAUUCACGAGUAGAGUGUUUGCACUGGGGUUGAUCCCGUUGACACUUUUUGCGCUUUUCCAGUUCGAGAGUUCCAGAUUCGGACUUUACCACAUUACCGACUGUUUAUUUUCCUGUUUCGUCUUGUUUUUCCUUCAGUUAAGAAUUGGUGUACACGCUGGUGAGGUCGUGGCUGGCGUAGUUGGACACAGGACCCCUCGGGACUGUUUGUUUGGUAACACUGUGAAUAUUACCAGCCGCAUGGUGACCACAGGGAUACCAGAUAUGUCGUCUGCAUCCACUUGUAAUUUUAGAAAAGAUGACUUUCUCUUUUUCUGUCUAGUUCCGGCUCAAAGGCUUCGUUCCAUUUGCACGAGUUUUGAUGACAGUGGAAAGCUUGAAUCAAUCUGUAGCGCAGAUGAGAAGUUCCCAGUAAAGACUAGUUUCGUUUUAUCUGCCUCUUUUUACAGAUGUUUACAAAAGUUUGUCAGUCGUCGUCCAAUCUUCCUGUUUGAGAAGCGCAGGGCCAUUCAGAUGAAGGGCCGAGACGAACACAUGGUAACGUACAUCCUCAAUUGGCGCCCAAGAUAUCCCAGGACGCCGCCUGUCCCUAGAAGGCCCCAUCAGGCUUCUUUGUGUGGAGGGCUCACAUUUGAUCGCUCUAAGGGACAUAUGUAACUUUGUUCACGAUGAGCCUGUUCCAGGUAUUCGGUUAGAAGGCUGGAGGUCAGCGCACAGAACGAGUAGAAAAAUGUUAGGAGCGUGGGGCACCAGAUCCCCUUCGUUCUCACGCGUUCCUCGAUCCAGGAACAGACCAAUCACGAUGGCAAAUACUGACAGUUGGGAAUUCUGGAAAGAGAGUCUCACUAAAGAAGCAAGCGAUAAAGGAAAGUUACGAUUUGAACCGCGUACAACGGCUCGCUGACUGGCUGAGUUUAUGGAUUUUAUAUUCGGAAUCUGAAUGACGGUUUAUCAAAUCACUUUUGGUUUAGUCCCGUCGGUUUCAUAAAACUUGGUUACAUUGAUUUGUUACUCUGGUUUCUUUUUUUAUUAUUUUGCCAUGCAUUUUUGGUUCAAUCAGAAACUUUCUUAGGCUCCUUGAAGCAAAAUAGACCUAUAUCAUCGCCUUCCCGUUCAGUCAUUCCUCCCCUAGAUUAACAGUCCAUACAUAUUUGUAAGAUUCGAGGCGAAAUUAAGAUAAUGUUCUGAUUACUUAGCAAGGGGGAUUUCAUAACGUAUUUUUUCUUUACAUAAUCACUCUUUUUCAAUGAUCGCACAUUUUAAUAUUCACAGUUAUUUCAUUUUUUCAGGCAUUCAAGUUUAAUCACUUACAAUUAUCUACCAUCUUUGUACCUCAAUGUGCAUGUUAAAGAUCCGAAUGUUUUUAAGAUUUAUAACUCUACCGCUGCUCUUUUUGUUCUAUUUCCUGUAAACUUCUGGCUCGAAAUAGAUCAGCACAAAGAGUACAUUUUACAAAACAGGUGAUUUUGAUCUUUACUGUUCGUACGCAUUUCCUGAACUGAAUGUGGUUCUUAGAAUAUGAAAACGAGCCGGGAGACCUUACCUUACAGCAAGAACAACAAGGUUUUGACGGUUUUCACCAUAGGGAACAGUAGGGUUUAUUUAUGGAACGACGCCGGUUUCACAAGAAGGAAAAUGCAAAUUAUUAAUUUCAGGGUUAAAUAUGGGUAAGAAAUACAGGUGAGACAUUUUGUAAAACGGAAAAUAUCCAGACCUAUUUACACCUAGUUUCUUCGUGCCCAUGUAUGAUAUUUUUCUUCCAUUUAUAAUUCCAUUUAUAACCUGAGAACCUGGAUGUCUCUGGUCACGUGUCAGUGCACUUCCACAAUCCGAGUACAGAGAAACGUUUGACAUUCGAACAGAAAAAUCCUUGCGCAUGUAUGCUGAUCAACAAGAAGUGCAGUUUUCGAUUGACUGAUUGAUUGACUAAUUGACUGGAUGAAGAUGCUUUGGAGAGACGAAGCGGUAGAGAUACAGAUUAAUAACUACUAGUAAAAACACAAGAAUAAUAGCCGUGGGGAAACAAUAGAACUAUAAAAAGCCUAGUGUUAAGUAUUUAAUAUUGAGAAACUUGAUCUGUUUACUAUGAAAGUAUUGUUUAUAAGAAACUUGCUUGAUGCUUCUUUUGGAAGUGUCGUCAUGUUUUAUAACCCCGCGGUUUUUCGGCAACGGGUACCUGAAUUGCACCAAACAUACCCGUCAUGCAUUGGGCGCUGUAAAACCUACCUAAACGGAUGCGAGAACCUCAAUAUUUUGCAGGUUUUUGCAGUUCACAAACACAAGCCGUCUCUACGAAAACUUCAGCUGUAGUCGUUGGAGAGAUGACAGAGGAGAGAUGACUUGGUUUUGGCGUCGAUUUAAGCCCGCCCCUCACUUGCGACGCAAGCAUAAGCAUAAGCAUAAAAGAAGCUUAAGCGCUAGUGGGACGGCCGCCACAUUAGUAAAAGCAUACGCACAAGAAUAUCAAAACCUUGCAUUCUUCCUAUACUUAUGCUUAUGUAGCUGCUGUGUCCAGUGAGGACAUGUUGGUAUAAGCAUAAGUCUUAGACUUUCAGCCAAUCAGCGAGCACUUUAUGUUUAUGCUAACCAUGUCCUCGCAAAACACGAGAAUAAGCAUAGGAAGAACGCUUAUGCUUAUGCUUAUGUCGUGGCCGUCACACUAGCGCAUAAGCUUCUUUAUGCUUAUGCUUAUGCUUGCCUCGCAAGUGGGGACACCACAUUACUACUGCUAAAAUCAUUUACCAAAAUGGAAGCAAAAAAAUUGAUCGUACCCUCUUAUAGCACUCUUCGGCGGCAUGUCAGGCGAGUUCGGUCGAACCAUGCAUGACAAGGCUACGAUAUCACUGUUAUGUACCAGGUCAGUGACUUGAUAUCGCAGGAUAUCAGGACAGUAGACACGGCUUCUGUUUGGCUAAUUACGAAUUUGGGUACGAUAAACCGAAUUCGUUUGCAAGUGUAAACGUAUGAUACAUGCAAUGCUGAAUUGCAAUUGUGAAAUAAUCGGCCAUGCGAAAAAUACGUAGCUACAAUAGUUUGCGCAUGCUUAACCAGCGAAGAAUGUUGGCUAGAGAAGCACUGGACUACAUUAAAACUCAAUAGAACUGCUGAAUUUAUAGCUAUAAAAACUUUUACCUUAAUUUCUGUUUUUCUCAACAAUCAGUUGCGAGACAAAACUUAAUUAUCAAAAUAAAUGCCUUUUUUCCACUGCGCACUUAUUUCUUCAGUUAAAUGCUUUUUGAUAUGGAAAUGUUCAAAAGUUAUUUCAGCUUUACAAAAUUAAUUCAAGUGUCACCUACUGCAGGACGCCAAAGUAAUGAACCGGUAACUUAGUGACAAUUCAUUAACAUAAAAGCAAGUCAGUUUGCACGUUUUACCUUAGUUGUCUACCACGCGCCCAAACUUGAGAAACUUGACAGCGAAUAGACCGAAUUGAGCAUUAAUUUGGUUAACUUUGUGUUUCAACAGCUAGCGCACAAACUCCGUACUAACCCUGCGCAAACGGAAAGACAACCCUAAUUUGUU